CACUUGAGAUGCAUCGGAGGCUGGAAGAAGUGCAUCACGCAGACGAAAGGGCGAAGGGGGGUAGGAAAGAGGAAAUAGGGGCCCACGAUUGUCGCACUCGCUCAUGCCCGCGAGUCGGAAUCAUUUUGCCGUGAAUGUUGGCGGCGAGUCAAGAAGAGCGGUCUAAUUUUAGCCGUGUGUCUAGCUGUGGCGGACCGACUUACUUUUCUCUCAUAUUUGCACGUUAUCCGGCUGAUUUGGGAGGCAUGCGGCGCCGCGUCCGCUGCACCUGAGCCGCACCAUGUUGCCCACGCGAGUUGGCGCCCACCUGUCCAUGCGUCCUUUGCCGCCACCUCCUGAACCCGAGUAUGAGGUGAUUGACUACAGGAAAAUGGGCAACACGCACGCAGCAGCAGCAGCAACCACUGCCAGAUCACCCCAUUCGUUCACAGGGAAUGAAGUCAGGCGAAAGGGUGAUGGAAAGCACUGCGACCUGUGCGGCUGCACUGAGCCGUCAGUCCGGUGCGAGGACUGCAACAAGCAGAUCUUCUGCUUGUCUUGCGACGACAUGUACCACAGACAUCCCAAACGACAAGCUCACAUUCGAAAGACUUUGCAAACGACUAUGGAUGGAUUCCAAACGUUCCGGCCUCCGUUGCCUCCGAAGGGUGGUUUUACCCCUGUGCCCGUUCCACCGCCGCGAAGGAACAAAAAGGACAUGCGGUCUUCGACGCCAAGUCCAGAGAUACCUCGGAUGAUCCAGGAGAUGAACCACAUGACGCAGGGCCGGGGUUACGGGGCUGACCAGAUGAAGCCGGCGCUGCCCAGGAAGGAGUUUUCGCUGGCCGAAAAGAUGAACAGUCUGCGCCGCUUCAUGAGCGGCCGGCCCAGACCCACGCCGCAGCAGAUGCACGAGCAGAACGCCAGGGUCCAGUUCGACGCUCAAGGUAUUCCAGUUCCCGUGGAAAACUACAUGAACGGCGGAAAAGAAAACAUUGAUCGACCUGAGGGGAAUGCGAACUACUCGCCCAACCCUUUUAGCAUACAACCCCCUCAAAGAGCAAACAGGGCGGCACUCAGUCAUUCGAUCAGCGUGGCCAACCUCCCUAACAAUAACAGAAACUCGAGCUACGACUUCCAAAACUACAAGCAAUCAGUGGAGCCAGCAAUCGUGCCAGAGACCGCUGGCUACCGGGGAAUGCCAAUGGGCUACUCGCGGUACGAGGGUGCCAUGUCGCCAUUCGCCACCACCGGCCGGAGGAGGGCGACCAACCCCUAUAUGGGCUACAACAGCGGCCCCCAACAGCAGCAACAGCCGCAACAGCAACAGCAGUCACAGCCACAGCAGCCACACCAGCAGCAAAUGCAGCCGCCAGCGAGAGAGGUCCAGCAGUUUUGCUACAAUCCGCGACCACCACAGAGAAUGCCUCUGACCGGCAGUGUCCAUGAACUGCACAGCAGUCACUUGCAGGCAGCGCUUUUUGCAGAGCAGCAGCAGCAUAUGCACCCUUCAAUGAUGGGCAUGAAUUACCAGCAGCCACCGUGGAUGGCACCCCAGUACUUUGGUCCGACCCGCCCUUACGAGGAGGCCCCAGCCCCAGCCCCGGCGCCAGCUCCCCGACUCACCCGCUCAAGCAGCAACACGAGUUUGUACAGCCGCAGCCGGCAGCCAGACUUCUCCACCAUCAGCGGCGUGACCGGCCGCAGGGCGAUGGCCUCGUCGCCGACCGCCAGCGUUCACUCUAAGUGCAAGUCUCUGCCUGGGCAAAAAGACUCGUCUGAUGAGGAAGAGGAGGAAGACAGUUUUGGGGGCAGCGGCGGCGAGGAGAAGACGCCGGACAACUCGCCGUACCCUUGGGAGUGCGAGCACUGCACGUAUGUCAACCCCGAGGGCACCAGGGUGUGCGCCAUCUGCUGCAAGACGCCGAGUGCCGACUUUCUCCCUGCGCCGGACACGCAGAUGCAGGCGAGGCGCACCAUCAAGCCGUCGCUGCGGAGGGGCACUGCCAAGCAGCAGAUCGCGAAUCGCAGAGAGAUGCGUGCCAACGAGGAGCGCCGCCGCACCUCCGAGGUCAGGGAGAACGUCAGGGAGCCCGAACACGCGGAUAUGGGCAGGAGGAGUCUGCAGCGCAGGCGGAAGAGCAGCAAAUCAGAAACCAACGGCUACGCAGAAACGAAAGGCCACAGCAGGCACAGAGAAGCAGAAAGUAGCGAGGAGGAUCGCAAGUCCAGCAAGGAUCGUCGUCCCACAAAGGUGCCGUACAGUUCCACGCCGACACCGCCGUCGUCGCCGAGAACCCUGCCGCGGAAGAAAAAGGAUAAGGUGUCGACGGCGGUGGGUUGCUCGCCGCCCAGGGAGCCGGUCAAGCAGAAGACGCCGCCGCGCCACUUUGUCUCAUGCUCCACCUCGCCGAUGCGCGAGCUGCCAACCGAAAAAGCCGAGCCACCGCCCAAAGAGAAGACACCGGCCAGACUGGAGGUUCCCAGCUCGCCCGUCGUCAUAGUGGAGUCGCCGAAACCGGAGGCCAAGGUUAAACACUCAGUUUCGACGGGCACUUCCCCGCCGCCCAGAGAAAUUGGAACUCAGACGUACGAGGCUCCAGCAGAAAUGUCAAAGGCGGAGCAGUCCCCGCCAAAGUCCGCCUCUAGAAGCCCUCGGUAUUAUCGAAGGGCACCGUCGCCGAGACUCAAAAGGGCCAUGUCCCUGCACACGGGCACUCAAACCCUGAUGGACACUCCAGAAAUGCACGCUUUUCUGUGGGGCGACGACGAAAGGCAAGCGCCAACCUCCUCUCUCAGAAGAACGCUCAGCAAACAGUCACUCAGACUCAGUGACACACAGAGCCUUCCGAUGUCCUCUCGGGAGACGAGUCCCGAGCUGGACGAGCCGCUGCCGGCCUACGAGUCGAACCAGCACAUCAGUCGGUCGUCGCGGCGAGGCGGAGGCGUGCGCGGCAUGUCCACCUCGGACCUGUCGAGCAGCCUGCACGGCGGCAGCAUGUCGUCCCUGCGCACGCCCAGCAGCAGGGCCUUUGACUCGCGCACCAGCACCCUCACCAGUGGCAACGUCAAUAUCAGGGGUGGUUCAAUCAGGUCAGGAAGCCAACCCCCGGAGAUCGGACGUACAAGGAAGAGCAAAACCAGUUUCCAAGGCCAUGAGUUGGUCCGAUUAUUAAGGGAAGCGGAGGAGCACAGCUUCACCUCGGAAGACGUUCAGGUGGCACUGGAGCAAACGGCAGAUGGUGAAAACCCUGGCCAGGACCCGAUCACCUGGCUCAGGCAGCACUGGCGCAAUCUAAUCGAUACAGUGGCCACGCUCGCCACCAACUACGGCCUCGAGAGGGCCGAAAACACGGUGGGCGUCGUGUCGGCCCUGGAGGCCAGGGAUGCCCUGAGACAAAAGAAGGGCAACGUCUGGUCUGCGGUCACGCACUGCGUUGAACAGCGACAGAGCAAGUACGCUGAGCUGAUUAGCAAGGGAAACUUCACUCGCCAAGAAGCAGUGGCCGCUCUUGAGGCGAACCAAGGAAACGUUGAAGCUGCCCUGAUCCAGCUCAACAAGGCGCAGCUUAAACCCUUUCUCAUGCGGAUAUGGGGCCCGCCGAGUCAAGAAGAUGAUAACGAAGAUGCCAACUUCCAAUCGAUCGCUGCAGAUGAAAACAAUACAGAAUCUCUGCAGGAGUUCUCGGACGCGAGGUCGGACAUUGACAUCACCGAGGAGCUGCCGAAAGACGACGCCGCGUCUGUACACGCGAAAACGCCGUCGCCGACCAAGGAGCCGCUGCCCACCACUCCCUCCACAUCCAGCUCCUCGGCCUCCCAGGAAAAAAUCAACCUGGAAGUGGCCUCGAUCACCUCCAGUAUGCCCAACUCCGACCUGGAGGACGUAAAGAAUCUGCUGCUCAAUUCCAACGACUCGAUGCGCCUAUUCACCGACUAUUCCAGGAACAUCCAACUGCAGGCCCAGGACAUUUCCAAUCUGGUCGAGAAUAUUCUCAACCUGAGCAAGUUAAAGCCGCUUGAUUCGUCGGCGCCUGUGAAGGUUGAGCCUGCCAGGGUGGAGGUGGCUUCCACCACCAAGGUGGAGGUCACUACUCUGGCCAAAGUGGAAGUUCAGGAGGCGAAAAUCGAGAAGAAGGUCGUGGAGCCGGCUGUAAGGGCAGUGAAAGUUGUUGAAAAAGGUCCAGAAAAAACAAAACCAGUAGUUGUAGAAACUGAUGUGCCUAAAAAGGAGUCUGAAAAGCAGGAAGGACCGCAAAAAUCGGGUUUGAAAGUGAACACGGUGCAAGCGAAAGCACCAGAAGUGGAGCAGCCCCCUCCUAAGCCUGAACCUGCAAAAGCCCCGGCGCCUGUCGAGGCUGCAAAGGUAGAGCCACCCGUGCCACAGCUUCCCCCAAAAGAGGAAAUACUCGUGCCAAAGCUGCCUCCAAAAGAGGAAUCACCCGCGCCCAAGCUGCCACCAAAGCCAAAAUCCCCUGAGGCUGUUCCAUCUUCGCCGCAGCUUCCACCAAAACCGAAAGCACCGCAACCACCAGUCGCUGCAAAAGCUCCUGAAGUGGCGGAAACGAAGGAAGCAGCGCCCAUCGCCAAAGCAGAGAGCACCGAGUUGACUCCCAAACCGAAGCGGAAAUCUCCUGAACAAACGGCAAAACUUCAGGAAAAAAUCACAAAUAAACCCGAAGAAAAAUCCGGGAAACUUGCAGAAAUUCCUGCAAACCCUUUUAAAACUGUAGAAACCCCCGUGAAGUCUGAAGAGAAAUCUGCAAAGUCUGCAGAAGCCCCUGCGGAAAUCCCUUCAGUUCGUGUAGAAAGCCUGAAAAACCCCGAAGAAACCCCAUUGAAGCCCGCAGAUAUUCCUAUGGAAAAUACUGCGAAGCCCCUAGAGGAACCACCUUUUACAGAGGAAGCCCAGAAAUUGGACCAAAAACCAGAACCACCACCUGUAUCUCCAAUUGAUGAGGACUCAGUAAACGAGGACGACUCUGUGUCAGAAAAACUGAGCACUUUGAAGAGGAGGCCGCACGGAAAAAUUAUGACAGCAACAGGUGGUUCACUGAUGUUUGCGCAGAGCAUGAUGAACGUCAGCAUGAUCGAUGAAAUUGAUGCCAGCGUCGCCAGAUUGACCGUGAAAAAGCUGCCACAGAUGAACAGCGGAAACCCGUUGCCCACUCUGGGCCUGCUGCGAAGAGGUCUCAGCCUAGACGCCGCCAGUUUUCCCUCUACCAUGAGCAAGGAGCAGCUAAAGCAGCACGAAUUUGAGCGUCAAGUGCGCCGUCUGCUCGCUGAGGGACUAAUUGACACGUACGAAAAGGCGGAAUUGACGGCUAGCAUUCAGGGUGAAGGUUUCAGCAGAGAAGAUGCUUUGAUGGCGGCCAAGGAGUGCACGUCCCUCGACUCGGCCCUCGCCUUUCUGCAGCAAGAGUGUGAACUGUGUAUGGCCAAAGCAACCGCUUCUGAUAUGAUAAGCAUGCUCAAGUGCACACACCGCUGCUGCCGAGAAUGCGUACGACAUUACUUCAGCAUCCAAAUCAGGGACAGGAGCAUCGUUGAUGCUGUCUGUCCUUUUUGCAAAGAGCCCUCCGACCUCAACGCAAGACAGAGCGACGACAUAGCUCUCGAGUACUUUAGCAAUUUGGACAUCCUGUUGAAGAAUGUGCUGGACGCAGAGGUCCACGAGCUUUUCCAGAGAAAACUGAGAGACUUCACCCUGAUGCAGGACCCAAGCUUCAGGUGGUGCAUCAAGUGCUCAUCAGGGUACUUUGCAAACCCGAAGCAGAAGAGAUUGGUCUGUCCUGACUGCAAAUCGGUCACUUGUGGACAGUGUCGACAGCCGUGGAUGAAGCAGCACGAAGGUGUCAGCUGCGAGAAGUUCGCCAAGUGGCAGGCGGCCAACGACCCUGACAACCAGAAAAAGGGUCUGGAGAGCCACCUGGCCGAGCACGGCAUCACUUGUCCGCAGUGCCUGAGCCGCUUCGCACUGGCCAGGGGUGGCUGCAUGCACUUCACGUGUCCACAGUGCAAGUUCGAGUUCUGCUCGGGCUGCAACCGCCGCUUCGUGAUGGGCGCCCGCUGCGAAGUCAGCCCCAAUUGCGCCAGACUCGGUCUCCACGCGCACCACCCUCGCAAUUGCCUCUUUUACCUCAGGGACAAGGAACCUGCCGAGCUCCACCACCUGCUCAAUGUGCAUGAAAUAAAAUACAACACGGAUAGAGAGGGCGAGGAAGAGGGCAGCAAGUGCCGCGUGCAGUUGCAGCGGGAAACUCCCGCGGGUUUGCUCGACACGUACUGCAAUGAGGAAGUGCAGAAGGGUCACGCCGGACUGUGCAGGGCACACUACAUCGAGUACCUGUGCGGGCUGGUGCGGGACAAUGCGCUGGACCCAGUGAUCGUGCUUUCUGCAGACGACCUGGAGACGAUCGUGCGGCGGGCCCACAAGCGUCUGCCGCCCAGGUCCUACGGCAUGAGCGAGGCCAUCUACCGCGAGGCACUCCUCAAGGUUGUAAAAGAAGAAAUUCCUCUGGACGCAUAGCGCGCCGUUCACUCUGCGCUCAACGCGCGGUAAUUGUUCGCCGAAUCGAACGUCGACGCCUCAAGAUUCUUUUGUCUAAACUGAUUUUAUAUAAAAAGAUUUUCUCUGUAAAAAGCAUAUUGUACAUUUUUGUAGCCAUGGUAAAAAUCAGCCUAAUUUUUAAACACAUAUUAUAUACAUCAUGUAUUGCAAAUAAUAAAGAGUUGCAAGACGA